UGUCCAGUCAGCAGCCUCCCAUCGAAGUGAUUGGUUGCCCCAAUUGUUGUUCACGAUGAGUCUGAGUAAAGAUGUGGCGUUCAUCAAGGAGUGGAUGGCGAAGGAAGCUUAUCUACCUCACGAUAUUGACGAUACGAUGAUAAAGAAGUUUUUGCACAGCUGCUAUGGAAGUCUGGAAAAAACAAAGAAAUGCAUCGAUCGCUUUUGCUCAACACGCAGUCAAUUGUCAGAAAUAUACACUAAUCGCGACCCGCAGUCUGACACCAUAAAGACAAUUUUCUCUGUUACUCGCGUAUGUGCAUACAAAGCUGGUGAUGAUGAAAUUCUCAUCCAUCACUAUGAUGACCCGCAGUUUGAGCACUUCGCCUUCUACGAUAUUUUAAAGGCCCUCACCGUCCAAGCUGAUUAUUGGAUAAACUUCCACUAUAUCUUUCCUAGAGGACAUAUAAUAAUUCUGGACAUGUCGUGUUUCUCAUUAAAGAUGGUACCAAAGUCGAAUAUUAUGUACUUCAGGGAUUUUAUUCUUUUCCUUUUAGAAGGAAUGCCAGUUCGAGUACAAAAAGUAUACGGAAUAAAUGCACCGUCAUACUACGACAAAUUAUACUCUCUCGUGAAGCCUGUACUGCCAGCUGAACUAUGCGAAAUUAUCCACUUCUACCAUGACUACGAAUCUUUACAUAAGCACAUUGAUAAGAAAUAUUUGCCGGUGGAGUAUGGAGGUGACGCACCCAGCACGAAAACUGAGAAUCAGGAUUGGAUUAAAAGAAUCAAUGAGCAGAGAAAAAUGUUCCUGGGUGACAAUUUAUGGAAAGCUGACCUCAAGAUGCGACCGAAGAGCGACUGCAACGCGAUGAAUGGCUCAUUUAGGACACUUUCAAUAGAUUAAUGUGUUUAGAAUUAUUGUAAUUUGAAUGAAAAAAUACUUAAAUUAUACCACUUUUACUA